AUGUUUAGCUUAUUUUAUUCCAUAUUUUCAACAACAACGAAUUCAUUUUCUUCCCCAUUAAAAAUUUUAAACUCUUCAAAAAAUCCCAGAAAUAUUGAAGGAGGGAAUGCACUUUUUAUGGAUGUAUUAUUGGAGGAAAGCACUGAGGAGAUUGUUUUAAAUGACGCCGAAUUACAAUUUUAUGGGUUGAUUAGAAGACAUUUGAUAUGCCUUAUAGUCUUCACAUUUUUCUAUGCAAUAAGCUUUUGUUUGAUAAGAUAUAUAAAGACUCGAUCGGAUAAUGACGAACUUUAUGCAGGAGACGAAGAUUAUUAUGUUUACCGCAUCUCUACUUGGAUAUGUGCAAAUUCCCUUUCAAUCUCUAUCGGAGCCGUAACUCUUUUGCCGUUUUCUGUUUUGGGCGCUGAAGUGUUGCAACUUUAUCCUGACAAUUUUUAUUUAAAAUGGCUCAAUUUUUCUUUAAUCAAUACACUUUGGGCUUAUGUAUUUUUAUUGAGCAAUUUGUCUUUAUUUGUGCUGCUUCCUUUCUCCUAUUUUUUUAUUGAGUCUCAAGGUUUUAGCCUAACCCUUCGUCUGCAAACAUUAUCAGGCUCAAUUGGACAUCCAUUACUUGCCAGAUUUUACGAGGCUUUAGUUGUUUGUUCCUUGGUUCUUGUCAUCCUUGUUGGUAUUGCUGAUUGUCUACAUGCACAUUUAUUUGCACGGCCGUCGAGAAUUUGGUACACAUUGUUAUAUUUUUCUUCACUCUCGGCGCCUCUUCUCUAUUCAUUAGCUUCUCUGUUGGGCGUCUUCCUCCUUUUACUAUCUGUCCCAUUGGGAUUUGCUCGACUUUUUGAUAUAUUUUCAUUAAUGUUGAUGACAAGGAAUCAAAUAAGAUUAAAAUCUGAAGGAAAACGAAAAAGUUUGGACGAGCCUUUUGAUUUAAAUGGAAUUUACUAUGACGCUAUAAAUCCUGAAAGAUUGCAACAAAUAACUAUCGCCCGGAAAAGUAAAUUUGGAAAAUCCUCAACUAAUCAAUAUUCUCUUCAUAAUGGUUACCACCAACAACGAGAUUCUAUUCAAACAACAACGAAUAAUCAAAAAAAUUUAAAAUUAAAUAAGUCAACAAAAACAAAAAAAUCAACAACAACUUCAAGCAUUCCCUCCAACAGAAAACUUUCAAUAAAUUCUCAUCCAAAAACAAAAUUAUUUUUAAUAAAAGAAAUAUUCUCUAAAAAUGCUGCUAUAGGAGGGAAAAUUUUUACAACAUUUUUUGUGCUCAUUUCCUAUUAUUUAAGCAAUAUUAAAAGAUUUAUUGAUUUUCUCAAAUAUCCAUUGAUUAUGUUUAUUCUUUUUGCUUUAACGGUUAUUUCUAUUUUAAUGGUUAUUUGUAAUACACUUCAACUUUUAUUUGGUUUCCGUCAUUUACCAGCAUAUGUUCAAUAUGUUGAAGAAUAUAGACAUACUUUGGGAAUUUUUGGGGCAAUUAUAGAAGUCACAAUAAUUUUAUAUAUUAUGUUAUCUUCUUUAAUUGGCCUCUAUUCAAUUCCUUUCAUUAAAAGAAUUUAUCCUCAUAGAGGAAAAACAUCCCUUACAUCGAUUAUAAUUAAUUGUAUGUUGAUCUCAAUUCUCAGUGCUGCUUUGCCUAUUUUAGUCAGAACUUUGGGCAUUACAACCUUUGAUUUGUUGAGCGGAUAUGGAAGAAUUAAUUGGAUCUCAAAUUUAUCUCUAGUCCUUAGCUAUAAUAUUCUUUUUGCUGGUGCUUCGAUUUACUGCAUAAUAUAUAAAUUUACUGGGCCAGUGAGGAGGGAAUUGAUAAGACGGUACUUUUAUUAUUUGUGAAAUUAGAGGGGUAUUUUGUGUCAUUAUUAGAGUUGGAUAGAAAAAUUGAUCACUGUGUUGACG